AUGGCCGACGAUCCCAAAUCUCAACAUCCCAGAUGCGCCUCCAUCUUCUCAUGCUGCUUUGGCUCCGGUGAUUCACCGGACUCCGGAACGCCAACGCUCCUCCACAAGCUCAAGGUCCGGGCACAAGAAUUACCUGAAUUUAAAGGGAGGUGCCGGUCGAUGAUCGCGAAGAUAGGGAGGGAAGGGCUUUGCGGGCCAAAAGCGACUGGCGAUUUUAGGUACGAUCCUUUGAGUUAUGCCAUGAAUUUUGAUAGCGGAGAGCACGACGACGGAGAUGAGGACUCGCCGAAUCGUGCCGAUUUUUCUUCGAGGUUUGUCGUUCUCCCUCCUAGUCGUGGGCGAAUGGACGAGUCACGUGCGCUUACGUGGGAAAUCUCGGCGAUCAGUUGA